GGCUACAGAGGAGCACUCGCAGGCGGGGAGACACACCGCGUCGCCUCGCUCGCAGGGGCCCGGAGCUCACCUCCAGAAAAAAAAACACCCCAAGACUCACACCAGACCAAGUGAAUUGCUUACUGCCUGACCGAACCGAGCGGCUUGGGCCGAGGGAAACGGUACCUCCUCUGCCGAGAUGUCGGAGCUUCUGCUGAACGUGCUCGGGGAGCGGCUCGUCAACCGCGAGAAAGCCGAGGUGGACGUGCAAGCGCUGGGGGCCAAAGUGACACUGGUCGGCCUCUUUUUCGGUUGUAGCAUGAACGCGCCUUGUAAGCAAUUCAACGCCAGCCUGUGCGAGUUCUACAGCAGGUUCAAAAAGACUUCGGAACAUAGGGACAAACUGGAGGUGGUCUUCGUCUCCUCGGACCAGGACCAGAAACACUGGCAGGACUUUUUGCAGGAGAUGCCAUGGCCAGCUUUACCCUUUAAAGACAGACACAAAAAGAUGAAGCUGUGGAACAAGUACAAGGUCACCAGUAUCCCGUCCCUGGUGUUCGUGGAUACAUCCACAGGGAAGGUGGUGUGUCGGAAUGGUUUACUGGUGGUUAGAGACGACCCUAAAGGCCUAGAGUUCCCCUGGGGGCCGAAGCCAUUUGCAGAAGUGGUGGCAGGGCCUCUGCUCAGGAACAACACGCAGACGACGGACAGCAGUUCUCUGGAGGGUCACUAUGUAGGAGUGUACUUCUCUGCACACUGGUGCCCACCGUGCCGCAGUUUGACCCGUGUCUUGGUGGAGUCUUAUCGCACCGUGAAAGAGUCAGGUCAAAAGUUUGAGAUCGUGUUCGUCAGUGCUGACAGAUCCGAGGAGUCUUUCAAGCAGUACUUCAGCGAAAUGCCCUGGUUGGCGGUGCCAUAUUCAGACGAGGCUCGGCGGUCACGAUUGAACAGGCUUUAUGGGAUUCAAGGUAUCCCCACCCUGAUCCUGUUGGACACAGAGGGUCACAUGAUCACACGACAGGGCCGGGUGGAGGUGCUGAACGACCCAGAGUGCCGUCUCUUCCCUUGGCACCCUCGGCCCGUGCUGGAGCUCAGCGAGUCGAACGCGGCGCAGCUCCAUGAGGGACCCUGCCUCGUCCUGUUUGUGGACGCCGAAGAGGAAGGCGAGCUGGAGCCGGCCAAGGAGCUGAUCCAGCCAAUCGCGGAGAAGCUUAUGGCCAAGUACAAAGCCAAGGAGGAAGAGACGCCACUGCUCUUCUUUGUGGCGGGAGAGGACGACAUGAGCGACUCGCUGCGGGACUACACAAACCUCCCGGAGGCCGCACCGCUUCUCACCAUACUGGACAUGUCGGCACGGGCCAAGUACGUACGCGAUGUGGAGGAGAUCACGCCAGCGGUCGUGGAGCAGUUUGUUUGCGACUUCCUGGCCGAAAAGCUGAAACCGGAGCCCAUCUGAAGCAGGAGGUCCAAAUAUGAACACUGUAAUGGGACAACUCCCUCAGUCUCAUCCUUCACUUCCAUCACUUUUUACUGACAUUUUAACUUUUUUUUUUGUUUUGUUUCCAUGGAGCCUCUCCUUCUCCCGUGGUGCCUUGCAUUGACUAUAGUCCCUACAGUUAAUAUAUACAGACACUUUUUUUUUGCCCCCCCCCAACUUUAUCACAUUAAACCUUCUGGAUUCCAGAGAAGCCCAGCGGACCUACUAUCAAUUCAGUGCUCCCUUUUUAUUUUGCCUUCUGGAGGAUGGAAUAAAAAAAAAGGAAUAAAGUGAUUGCAGCAGUUUUUGUGAAGCCCACUUCCAUGUAGCCUAGAAAGACCAGUGACAGGUACACACAUACAGUGAAGAUAAAAAUGUUACAGACGAAACAGUGUCUCGCUUUUUGUCCUGUCCAAACUGUAAUAAGGAUGUUCUGUGAAGGUCAGUAGAUGAUGUUGAGGUUAUUUCUGGAGGCAGGAAGAAAGAUGCUGAAUGGGACAGGGGGGAGAAACCUGGUUCUGGCUUCACACUCAUUAAAAUUUUAAGCAUUGCUCCCGUCUACUGUAUUAAUAAUACACAUAGCGCUUACAUAUGUAACGUGCACACAUUGUAAUGCCUACAUAUUUUAACACUGUGCAGUAGGGGUGUCAGAAGAUUAAAAUGUCACAAGAUUUCUUGUUUAAAAAAAAAAUUCUUACGAUAAAAAUCAAUCACAUAAUAAAUGGAAAACAUGCAAAUUUUGCCGGCCUCCAUAUAUUGCCGCGUGCAUGCAUGUCUGUUUUCCUAGUCUCUCAACUCCAAACAGGCAGGAAAAGGAUUCACUCUGUGCAUUGAUCAUAGAAACUUGAUAGAGUGUUCCAUAAAACGACGUGAAACCUCUUGUCAGUCAUACAGUCCCUUUGUCUCUGUGGGGAGGGAGGGAGGCGGGGCUGCUAACAUACACACACUGUAAAGCAGUUAAUUAUUUUCUGUUAUGUCCCCCCACACCCCUCACGAAGAAGAAAAUGUUUUGCGCCCCUCCUCCCUCUCCCCCGCAACUGUCAAUAGUAU